UAAGAUUUAUUUAAAAUGUGCGGACGUGGAUGUACUAAAUUUUUCAACAUUGUUUUGAGUUUGACUGGUCUCGGUCUCUCCAUAUACACAUUCUACGUGGAAACCAAGGCCAAGUCUGAUGAAGAAUAUAGUCCCUUGUGUGAUAUUGAUUCCUAUAUUUCCUGUUCUAAAGUUUUUAAAACUAAAUUCGCAAAAGGAUUUGGAAUGGUUGGUGAUCUGGUGGGUGAAGAGCACCCCUUAAACCAACCUAACUGUGUGUAUGGGAUCAUCUUCUACUUGAUCUUCCUCCUCCUCUCCUUCAUCAACAGGAGAUUCAUCGCAACAUUCCAGGUUUUGUUGUCCCUCGGGGCGUGUGGAGUAUCUCUUUACCUGGGAUACCUCCUUUACUUCGUCAUUCAGGCAGCUUGUGUUGUAUGUAUAGCAAGCUACGCGGUCAAUCUACUCUUACUUCUCUUCAGUUUCUGCAAAAGGAGAGCAUUAGCACCUCAACCUCUAAAAGCAGAUAAGUACGGCUACUAUAUACCAACAACUCACAUGCCAACCAACAACAACUUCAAGAAGUUUAUCUAAACAUGGAUUCUAAACCAAAUGCUGAUGAAAUAUGAACGCCUGCUUUUUUUAUUCUGCUUACAACUCGCGCUAUCAUCGGCGUUGAAUCUCAACCUUGUCGUUCUACACUCUAGAGACAAAUAUUGUAUCUUAUAUGUGAUAUUUUACUUCUGUGAUCUUCCUAUACACUCAAAUAAUUAUUUCUAAAAUGUUAUGCAAGACAAAUUUUGAAUUAUAUUUUUUUAUGUGAAGACGA